CGUCAUGACGUCGCGCAGAAAAAUGGCAGCCCAAAGUGGAGCAAAAUCAAAACACCGAUGAUUUCGGGACAAAUUGUCAUCUGGUCAGGAUUUAAAGUCUUAAAAUGUCGGACUCAUUAGAAACACAAACUCUUCAGGAUCGUCUGGACCGUCUGCGGGAGCUGACAGAGUUCACGGAGAACUGCAAAAAACAGCUACACGAUAUAUUUGAAACGCUCGGGUGGUCGUGGGAGUACAACAAGGGCUCCAACCAAGAAGAAAUGGAGCAGUGUCCCUACGACCCCGACCACAGAGUCCCGGUCAGGAGCAUGGAGAAACACAAAGCCUCCUGCAGCCUACAAAAGAUGGGCUACACAGCCGAGGAGCAGGCGGAGAUGUUCGACCCUUCUGUGUGUUAUGAGAACAGCAGUGUCAGAAGCUUUACAAUGGACAAAUCCACCCAGCACCAGGUGAUCCUGCAGGCGAGAUCUGCUGCACCACUGAUGAAGAUGGAAGGAGUCUUCUGGCAAGGUCAGUACUCAGGCCAGCCUGUCGACGUGCCGCAGACCCAUAAGCGUGCAGUGUGUGACCUUACUGUGGCCGACCGAUUGGCUCUGUACGAUCAUGUGGUUGGUGUCCUCGGGCAGAAGGAAGCUGCCUCCUCCAGCAACGAUGAUCUCUACGUAGAUUUGGUGUCCAAACUCCAGAAAGAUGAUGAACAGAAUGAACCAAAGACUCACCUGGAGCUGAUGGCAGAGAUGAGAGACUACAAGAGGCGGCGUCAGUCCUACCGAGCCAAGAACGUCCACAUCACCAAGAAGUCCUACACCGAGGUGAUCAGAGAGGUGAUCAACGUCCACUCAGAGGAGCUCACCAGACAGUGGAGAGAGGAAGAGGACGAGGACGAGUCGGCCAGAUCUGAACUCUCCUCCCACAGGCGCCGGCUGGAUGAAAGGCGCUCUGCGUCGUCAGAGUCUCGUCACUCCCACAGCAGACGCCAUCGCAGCCGGGAAAGAAGCCAAGACAGAGAGAGCAAGAAGAAGAGGAAGAAGAAGGAGAGGGAUUCCCACUCCCCUGAUGACCGCCACCAAGACCGAAAGAAGAAGAAAAAAAAGAAGAAGGAGAAGUGAUAGUUCUGGAUCAGCAACAGCAGAAGCCCGAUCCGAUGUGGGUCAUUGUGGCCUCUACAGGUCAAAAGAUGUCAAGUGUCAUAACUUUUAACGUCCAGAAAUGAAGAUAAAUGGGAAAUAAAGUUUUUGGGAACCAACAACA